UAUGUUAAUAAUUUAGUAAUCGAUAAUGAAAAGUAUUUAACCUAUCUUCCCCAUGAUGGUUUCAAUAAUCAAAGAAACGCAUUAGAAAAUGCAAUAUUCAUAUCAUGGUUUUUAAACAGAACUCUGAUAAUUCCGCCCCUCAUUCUUUUCGAAGGAGUUGCACCAGUUAUUGGGAAGCCAUUAAAUAGAACAUACAAUUUUUUAUCAAAAAACAUAAUUUCUACCAAAAAUCAAUUUAAAUACUGUUUUAAAAGCUAUUCAAGAUGUAGUUCAGUUUUUUGUUUUGAAGAAGGCCAAAGGAAUUGCACUAUAGUAACUUAUACUAUAUAUGAUUGGGAAGAAUUAUUAGACUUUACAUUUUUGAAAAAUAAUAUUAAAUACAUUCAUCGUCAAGAUUUUAAUUAUAGUCACUUAUUGGAAUCACUUAACAUCUAUAGUAGUUCAGAAGCGUAUAAUGUGACUAAGGACGAAAAUCAAUAUCAACAACGAUAUUAUGAUGACGCUACAUCAACAAUCGAACUUUUUAGAUUCAAAGAACGAGUGAAUUUAAUCGAUUUAAGAAAAAGAACCGAAAAAUUAAUACAUUUUGGAAGUUUAUUUUCAUCAAAUAGAACUGUUCGACAAUUACCUGAAAGUAUUGAAUUUUGGAAUAAGUUAAUGAUGAACAUGCUACCGAACAAUCCAAUUAUAAUAAAAACUGUAGAUAAAAUUAUUAAUAAGAUUGGAGGAAUUGAUAGUUACAUUGGUGCUCAUGCAAGAUUAAAAGAUGGUCACUUUAUUAGCAGACGAAAUGAAACAGUACAAGGACUCAUUGAAAGAAUUCAAACAGAUUUUAAAGAUGAAGUUUGUUUAACAACAAAAAUAUAUCUGGCAGUAGAUGUAGAACGAGAUCACGAGUCCCUUCAACCACUUUUUCAAACAUUCUCGUGUAUUUACGUACUAGAAGAUUUUAAUGAUUUUUUAGUACCUUUAAAAUAUUUAAAAAAUCCUAAAGAUGGUAUGUAUUUGUACGAAUUUCUAGUACCGUUAGUAGAUUUAAUAGUAGCAUCAAAAGGUAUUAAGUUUUAUGGAUCUAGUAAGAGCACUUUUUCAGGUUAUGCUAAACAAUUAAACGAAGCGUGGAUCAGAUGA